AUGAACGCCGUCCUGCCCACACAAGCACUGGAUGCAGGAUCACUCCAUGUCCGUUCACUCUGGCUCACGCUAUGCGGCGACUUUUGUACUUGCGCAGCGGCGUUUGAUUCGGAGGACAAAGCUUCUCGACGAGGCCUAGUCGCGGUCGUGCCGAACGCGUACGCAGACGAGACAAUGUGUCCCCCUCCUUCGUCAUUAGAUACAGAGCCCUCGCCUUCGGAUGACGAGGUCGUCACCUGUGUUCGCCGGUAA